AUGCGGUUCCUAUGCCUCUGCGGUGCCUAUGGCAGCUCCGAUAAAUUCCAAGUGCAACUCGCCCCGAUCGUGAGCGAGCUGACGUCGGACGACACGGCAUCCUUCCACUUUGUCCACGGGCCCUGCGUGGCCAAGCCCCCCGACGGCUUCAACGAAUACUUUGGCAAGCCGCCCUACUACCGCUUCAUCGAGCCGGACGAGGACACCAAGGACACGGCGUCGGACGACAUCCUGGACCGGAUCCGGGACUUUCCCGAUGGCGAGACGCCCGAGGACACGAUGCGCGAGCUCAUGACCGAGGGGCUGGCCACCAGCCACCGGUCCUUCCACGCUGCGCUCCGGUACCUGGUCGACAUUAUGGACAAGGAGGGACCCUUUGACGGCAUCAUCGGCUACUCGGAGGGCGCGACGGUCGCCGCGACGUUGCUGCUGCACGAGCAGAGGCGGUUCAAGAAGAAGAGGAUCCAGCCCAUGUUCAAGUAUGCCAUCUUCUUUGCCGGGUGGCCACCCGUCGACCCGGAGUCGCACUGGAUGAUCUUGGCGGACGAGAGCGACGAGAUGAUCACCAUCCCAACCUGCCACAUCAUCGGCUCCCUCGACCCCUACGUCCACGGCUCCAUGGCGCUGUACAAUGUCUGCGAUCCCGACACGGCGUACUUGUUUGAUCACGCCAAAGGACAUACCUUGCCGCGCGACAAGGAUACCGUCAAGGAGUUGGGUGACGUGGUCAGGGCUGCAAAGAAAGAAUAUCGGAUCGGGCUGCGCUAG